UGACAAUCUAAUAACAAUCCCCCUCCACUGCCAUCGUCCUUUUACCAUUUCUUCUCUUCAUGAUAUCCACCUCAAAUGGAGGCCUACUUUUUCCUCCACUAUAUUUUCAUUACCAUCUUCAUCCUCUUGAUUUGUACCCCCCUAGCUUACUGUAAUGAUGAUGAUGAUGAUUAUCAGCAGUAUAUGCCAUACUGUUCUGCCUGCCAGAAUUCAGGUGGGAGAUGUGAAUCAAACAUUACAUCGCUUGAGUUCUUAUGCCACUGCCCCGACCGAUCUUACCCUCGAAUAUGUCUCAAACCUGGUACGCAUGUUUAUUCUUUUCACAUUAACAUGAUGUUUCUCUUCAUUGUUUUCCUCUCUAUGAUUCUUGAUCUUAAACAUCCUAAAGGAACUGUUCUAACUUAGGAAAUUCAAAAUUUUGACAUUUAAAACUCAACUUACCUUCAUAAUCUUAGGAUUUGACUAGUUAGGUGGGUUUUAAUUCUAGUUCAAGUUAUUAACUGGUGAAUGUUUUUUCUUGAACUAGAUAGACAGACUUAAUUCGAGUUCGAGUUUUGGUUGUAUCAAUAGAUGCUAUUUCUUGGCAGUUUCAUCCUUCAUAGUCAUAGAGGUAGGUCAAACUUCUAAAUCAAAUUGUUAUCUUUCUUCCUCUGACAAGAAAGAUAAUUGUACAUUGAAAAUUCUAUGAAGCUCGCUGUCUUUCUUAAUUUCUUGGUCAAGUUUUAAUAUUCUAGGUAGCUUUUAAGUUUUCACAUUAUAAUAGUACUAUUAUUAUCAGAGGAAAAGGAGGGAUGACAUUGACCAAGACCUUCCAUUUGGCUUUAUGCAAAAAUCUCUUUAACUCGAAACAAAUAAACCCAUCUCAUCGUCUCCUACCAAUUCCUUUCUAGUUUUCCUCCAUAACUCCCACAAAUGGAAAUGCUUCCUCAACCCAUUUUUUCAUCCACUUUUGUGUGCAUCAUCACCAUCUUUUCCAUCUUGUCCUUUCUCCCACCAUCAUACAGUGAUCCCUUGGAUGAUUUCGUCGAGUGCAGCCGUUCUCCUUCCCUCGAGUGCGGCAGCUAUGGAACCUUUUACUAUCCCUUUUGGAACGGCAAUACUCCGGAGCAUUGUCGUCCGGUUGGAUUCUACUUGAAAGACUGCGAAGGGGUUCCCACAAUAGACUUUGGCCCAAAUAGUUCAUUCUUCCUGCAGUACGUAAACCCAUCAGAUUACAACAAAUUGACGAUUGCUCCAACGAAAUUAGAGGCAUUUAUUUGCACCGAGAUAACACAACAAGGAACUCUACUGCCUCCUUUCUUCAAAUUCUCUGAAACCAACAAAAACCUCACUCUGUUCUAUAACUGUAAUCCACCUGAUGGGCUAUCGCUACCGCCGGGUAAUACGAGUGCUGAUUGCAGCCCCAACAAACCCUUCUUCGUCCCUGAUUGGAAGGAAAUUGAGAUGGGUCAUCGUUACAAGUGCAGCAAUGUGAGCGUUGCGGUUAAUCAGACGGUUUUCAACAAAGUCCAGGAGAGGGAAUUGACAUUGGUUGAUACUUUGAGACCGUUUUGGUUUGAUGUGGAGUGCAACAGUAGUGCGGUUUUCUGUCCUCAAUGUGAGAACUUUGGUGGGAAAUGCGAAAUCAAUUCGAGUUCAGAUCAGUAUCUACAAACAGCGUCAUGCCAGCAUCCUCCAGGUCCAGGUCCGGAUGAAGGUCCGGAUGAAGGUCCAGAUGAAGGUCCGGGUCGAGGUAUGGAUUAUCUAUGCAAAACAAUUUGUUUUUAGUUUGGUGUAGUGCUUACGUCUUAGGAUUAUUCUGUUCUGGCAAGUCCAAUACUAUAGCUUCCUGGAAACUCACUGCUUGACGUUGUUCUGGUCUUCUUUGAACAAGUCAACGUGACUAGCAGCUUUGGUUGACUGCACUUUUAAACUUUAACCCAUUGGUGCAAAUUUGAAAUGACA